AUGUACAGACCUUCUCUUGACCAUACUCUGGUAGAGUUACAGGACCCGGGAGGGGCCUGGGACACAAAAUCCUUCAUGCUCUCGACCUCAAUCUGUGCUUAUACCCUUGCGGUUCUGCCAAGUUCAAUAUCUGGAGUUUCAUGGCCAGUUGCCCAUGUAUUCUACGCAGCCUUCAAAAAGGCACAGGAUGAAUACGGGCUACAGGACAUCGAAUGCCUUGACAGCUCUUCCGUGGUCAUACAUCUCAUGCAUGCCGCCUGGCACCAUGUUUCUGGAAAUCCCCAGGCAUCAUGGUAUGUUCUUGGGCAAGCCAUGAAUACAGCAUUGCUGAUGCGAUUGCACGAUGAGAAGACGUAUGAGUCAAUGCCUUUUGUAGAAAGCCAACUGUGCCGACGUGCCUUUUGGGCGUUGUACACUGGAUGUCAGGCAUCUUGCUUCCUUGGCGACCAUCCGAGUAUCUUCAACAAGAGCCUGUUCAGGGGUGUCAGGGUUCCGAGGUACCCCAAAGAGUUUGGCCCAGAGGAUCAGGCUGUGAUAACAAAAUAUGAUGGUCGACAACACAGUAUCGGCAUCCUAACAGGCUUCAACGCAAACCAGGAUCUGUGGAAGGCAGCAGAGAAUCUCUUACAGGCGGUGCGAGAAGGAGAUUCAGUCGAUACAGCCACAUCGGACAGCCGACUGGCUACUUCAUAUUUCAGGUUUUGCGCAAUUCUCGACGAUCUUCCCACAGCUCUUCGGUUCCACAACUCUGUCGACAUCACUCUCGAGGGCUUUUCCUUUGCCAAGCAAGGGGACUAUCAGCCUCGCGUCCCCCAGGCCCUUGCAAUACAGCGAACAAACUUGCACAUAUCUCAUCAAUAUCUGAAACUCUUUUUCCUACGGAAUUAUUCAUUCUUGGGGAUUAACAAUCCUCUGGCAGCCCCAAAGCUGCCGAACCUAUCACCCGGGACAGACUCCCAGAUGUCUCUAUCGCAGUCAGAUUUGAUGGCCGCGAGUCCUACGUCUCGAUUGUCUUCAAACCGUGGCAACCAAGCUCAACCACAGACCGAGCAUGUACAAAGAAGCCUCGGCGCUGGCUUAGACCGUCAAAUAUUGCAGAUCGCCGAAGACAUGCUGUACGUCAUCCAUACUUCUGGCCUCGACAGCCUCAGACUGAACGGUGAGCCAUGUACCGAGAAGAUUCGGCAUGUAGCUGCAUCUGUACUGGAAGUGCUUGCGCAGGACGUCGUCGACCCCUCUUUGUUGGAGCGUGCGGUCAAUCUUCGAGACCUAUAUCCGCAUCUUUUGGCGAGGCUGGAAAGCAAGGCUUCUGAUGAGCGACGCUCAACAGCAGCUGGAGGCCCCAGUACAAAUACUUAA